CAAUUUGGUAGAAAUGAAAUAAUAUUUUUAAGUGACUGAUUCCCACUCCAUUAACUAAAACAGAGGAAGAGAAAAGAAAACAGCAACAGAAUACAACACAUUAUCGAAAUCAAUAUCUCUUAUAUUUACACACUCUAAUCUCUCUCUGUUUAUGAGAUUAAUUGAUGUAAACAUAGAAAAAGAGAGAGAGAGAAGUGAUGAGAAACAGCAUAAGGUGUUGCAUAUCUUGCAUUCUACCAUGUGGAGCACUUGACGUGAUUCGAAUAGUACACUGUAACGGUCGUGUAGAAGAAAUCAGUGGAAGCAUCAAAGCAAGUGAAAUCAUGAAAGCAUAUCCAAAACAUGUUCUCAAGAAACCUUCUUCACCUUCAACACAAGACGGUGUCGUUCCUAAGAUCGUUGUUGUUCCUCCCGAUGCUGACCUUCAACGCGGUAAGAUUUACUUUCUUAUGCCGAUACCUUCACCGCCGCCGGAGAAAAAUCACCGCGGUAAAAACUCUUCGGGGAAGAAGAAGAGAAAGGAACAGAACGAGAGAAGAAUUAACAACAACACAGGGAACAGUGCUGCUGCUACCAUUGUUGUUUCUUCUGAUCAAUACUUGACUGAGAUUUUGUCUGAAAAGGUUUCUAGUCAGAGAGAGAGAAGAAGAGGACGUGUUGCUGUUUGGAGACCUCACUUGGAAAGCAUUUCUGAGUCACCAAAUCAUCUUUAACGGAAAGGGAUAAGGCAAGAAGUGUGUAAAGAGUUUGAAUUUGUUUUGGUUUUUAAUUCUUUGAUGAAGGAAGGUUCGGAGUUGAAGAAUGGAAAGAUAAAAAAAUGAUUGGAAAUCUGUAUCGGAUAAUAAUGAUAAUAGAAUGUGAUUGAGACAUGGUUCAUGUUAUGCUGUUGCUAGCUACCAUUGGAGUAUUUCAUUUCGUUGAUCACUGUUAUUCCUCUAUUCACACAGGGAAAAAACAAUUGUGUUCUGCUUUGUUCUAUAUUCAUUUGGUGUCUGUCAUUCUUUAACACCAGAGCAUGACAUAAUGCUUCCAUCACUUUCCAUACCCUUAUGAUAUAAGUUCUUAUCCUUCACAGAAUUGAAUUCCAUGUGUUGAAUUUUUUUCA